AUGCUCGUGCUGGGUGGGCCAUUUCUUCCACAUAUUGAGCACAUUCUUCGUGAUAAGGCAUCUGCUAUGUGUUCACCAGUAGUAUCAGCAUCUGAUCCAGGAAAUAGAAGUACCAUAAAAGAUAUUAGUGAAUGUCGUGGAAAACAUUGCCAGUCCUGUGAUAUGGUGCUCAAAAUUGAGCGGGACUUUCAAUUGUUCAUUGAGUUGUUUGAUGUGAAAUUGUGCAUGCUUGGAACACACCAACUUCAAAACGCUGCAACCGCCACUUGCGCAGCACUCUGCCUUCGUGAUCAAGGAUGGAGAAUUGCAGAUGGAUCUGUUCGUGCUGGUUUAGAGAAUACAAUUUUGCAGGGGAGAACUCAAAUUUUAGGAUCUAAGGAAGCUGAGGCACUAGGACUACCUGGAGCAACUCUACUGCUUGAUGGAGCGCAUACCAAGGAAUCUGCUAAAGCUUUAGCCGACAUAAUUCAGAUGACAUUUCCAGAGGCGAGAUUGGUUUUUGUGGUUGCAAUGGCAAGCGACAAAGAUCAUUUAGCUUUUGCGAAAGAGCUACUUUCAGUGAGACAGUUGGAGGCUGUAUUUCUGACACAAGUUAGCAUUGCUGGGGACAUGUCUCGAACAACUUCAGCUUCAUUGUUAAAAGAUUGCUGGAUCCAAGCUUCCAGAGAAGUGGGCGUUGAUAUUCUUGACUACAGAGAUGCUGAAUGCGACAAGAUACUCGAGAAUCAAUCUAUUCAAUCAGCGGGCGAACUGGUACAUAGAACCAUAUUGUCUGCCGAGAGUUCAGUAAUGUCAUCCAUGAAGAUUGGAAAUCAGAUUCUGAGAGCUAGACCAGGAGAUCAAUUAGGCAUCAUUGUAGUCACCGGAUCUUUGUAUAUUGUUUCCUCAGUAUUAGGCAAUCUUCAAAGAUAAUUGUUAGUUACUUACCUCUUCUAAUACUGCUUAAAUGUUUCUGUGAAUUUUGGGUUAGCUGAUCUAUCCUGAUUACCAGUUUAGAAAUUCAUUGAUUCUCG